AUGGACACAGACACAGGCAUGCACCAAAACCAACACAACAACCAACAGUUCAAAAUCCAACACAACAACCACCUCCACAACCAGCACCAAACCCAACACAACAACCAACAGUUCAAAAUCCAGCACAACAACAACCACAAACAGAGCAAGGACAUAAAAGAAGUAGAGAACAAGGAAACCAAGAAUUCUUAA